CCGACCGGAAGCUAGACGGGCUGGAUUCGUACUUGUAUCUGAUCGUCCACCUCACUGCCCCUUCCCUUUGCCCAGCGGGAGGGACAUGAGUGUCCCUGGGCCACCGCCCCCGGACGGGGUCCUGGCCGGGCCCCCUGACGUCUUGGAGGCCAGUGAGCCGACGCCGGGUUUAAGUGACACUUCUCCAGAUGAAGGGUUAAUAGAGGACUUGACUGUAGAAGACAAAGCAGUGGAGCAACUGGCAGAAGGAUUGCUUUCUCACUACUUGCCAGAUCUGCAGAGAUCAAAACAAGCCCUCCAGGAACUCACACAGAACCAAGUUGUGUUAUUAGAUACAUUGGAACAAGAGAUUUCAAAAUUUAAAGAAUGUCAUUCUAUGCUGGAUAUUAAUGCUUUGUUCACUGAAGCUAAACACUAUCAUGCCAAGUUGGUGAACAUAAGGAAGGAGAUGCUGAUGCUCCAUGAAAAGACAUCAAAAUUAAAGAAAAGGGCACUUAAACUACAGCAGAAGAGGCAGAAAGAAGAGUUGGAAAGGGAGCAGCAACGAGAAAAAGAAUUUGAAAGAGAAAAGCAGUUAACAGCCAAACCAGCUAAAAGGGCAUGAAAAAUUGUGUUUUUGUGUGUUUUCUUCAUGUAUUCUAUACUCUUUGGAUUUAAGAUGACCUAAGUAUGGAGUGAGGUUCAUAUAGUGCCUUAUACCUUUGUGUUAUGUUUUGAAAUCUUCAUCCCAGGUUUGCUGUGUCUCCAUAUCUUGUUUAAGCCAUUUAAGAAGCCUUUCUUUCUUAGUAAUAGACAUAAUGUCACUUGGUUUUGAUAUUUAUAUGUAACUUUCAACUUUUGUUUUGCUAAUUUUAUAAUUCAUCAGUUUGGCCUUCUGUCAUUUGUAAACUGAAAAAUGCUUUGAUUAUUAUGGGAGUCUAGACUCUUAAGUAGUUCAAAAUUAUAUGAAUUUUUAAGCUUCUUGAUUGUAGAUUUAAAAGUUUAGUUUCUUAUUUUAUGAGAUGUUAUGCCUUUCUGGCAAUGAAACACUGAUUUCAAUUAUUGCCUUUUCAUUGCUUAGUUAAGAAAAAUUUCCAGUUCUUUAAUCACACAUGCCCCUGGAAAAUAUAAUAUAAGCCUUUGUGAAGAACAUAGUGGAAAAGUAUAUGCACAGGAAAUAAUAGCACCUUAGGCAUAGGCUAGGUGAGCAAGAUGCCAGAUAGAUUCUUCUAUAACCAUAUAGUCUCGCUUAUUUUUGUUGUUGCUUUAUGUAUCUUUGAGGUUCAAAAUAGAUUACAUCAUUCCUAAAGUUUGGCAGGGAUGAUGGAGAUAUCAUACACUCAAAUGCCCCUAUGGAUUUAUACUUAGUCAUUAGAUAGUGAGAUAUAGUUUCUGUGCUUUUAAAUCUCAAAGUAGAAUUAAAAGUAAAACUACCUACUUUAUAGAUAAUGUUAGGAUUGGUGGAAAAUUAGUAAAUACCUUCACAAAAGAGGCAACAUGAAGCAUUUAGUGUUUUCUAGAAUUAUUUUCUGAUGUUAUAUGUGGGAACUUAUUAUGUGAGGGAAAUAUUAUGAAGUUUCAUUGCUUGAAAUUGAUAGUGUAUUAUACUUUUGUUUUAGUAUUAUUUAACAUGUAACUGGUCUCCAAUCAGAGAAUGUGUAUCUUUUAUAAUCCACAUUACAUUUUUUGGUAAGCUGGAAUCACUACCUCUGAUCACAYAGCAGGCUAAUGAUAUAGAAAGCAGUAGAUUUAAGUUGGGUGUUAAGAACUGGUCUGUUUGGAGGUUUAAGUAAUUUGUUUGAAAGAGCCUUCUUUGAUGAAUGAAUUAUAGUCUCACAAUUCACUUGACUUUAACCUAAGAAUAUAAAUAUAUUUGAAAAGGCUAAUUGUUGCCAUCUAUCACUUGCUAUAACUGCCUAGGGUAUCACUAGGGCUUGCAGGACAAUGUCACCUAAAUUGCUGAAUGUACUCUUUAUUGAUUUCUGACAAAGGUUGUUCAUUGUUUGUCAGAAUGGUUUUGACCUGUUGUAAUAAUGGUUGUUUAAAAUGCUAGUUCCUGGUCACUACUCUCAAUCUACUGAUGCAAAUCUAUUUGUUUGGUUUGUUUUGCUUUGUUUUUAGUUUUUAGUUCCCCCCAGUGAUUCUAAUGAACCUUGAAAGAUGAGAACCAUGGGUGUAGUGGCCAAGGUCAUUGUUUCCUGUACUAAGGUGCAUAUCAUUUUUGCCUGGGAACUUAAAAAAAAAAUACAUUCUGAGUUCUUACUGAUUAGUUUUAAUAGGAGCCAGUGUAUUUUUAGGGCACUCCCCAGAUAGUUCUGAUACAAGGAACCACUGGUAUAGAUUAUCUAGUAAUUUAUUUAUAAGCAGUGAAAUAGUUUAAAAGCUCUCUAGUAACUUUGGGUUAAUCUUAUGAAAUAAAUUCUGAAUUGUUGGUUUUAAUAUACAAUCAGAUUUAAAACUGAACCCUAGCAGACAGGAAAUAAAUAUAGAAUUCUAGUUAAUUAAUUGAAUUUCUGUUUUAAAUCAUGUUUAUUGAAUGAAUGUCAAGGCCCAUAACCUUCUUUCAGAAUUGUAUUAUUUAAGUUUUGAACGUUUUUAAACAGAGCAAAACAAAUAUAAAUUAGCAUCCMCUAUUUAAAGGUGAAUGGUAAAUCAAAAGUACUGUUAUCUUGGUAAUUAAAAUCUAAAAUAUCUGUAUUUCAAUAACAAAUAUAUCUUGCUAAGAAAACAUGGAACUCUUGUAAUUAUUCUUGCUGUAUUUUUCACAAAUACAGGAUU